AUGAAGUUUCUUAGCGACUACAGAGCUCCAGACUAUACAUUUGAUUUCGUAAGUCUCUUAAUCACAACGCCCCAGUUUCCUACUCGUUUUCUCCAGUCAGUUCCUCUUGUGCUGGAUGGAUCGAAUUUGAAGCUCGUCUAUGUCAAAAUCAAUGGCCUAGAGGCCCAAGAUGUGGAGCUCACGUCGUCCAACCUCACACUUCUUGCGCCUCCCAAGAAUCCGUUCAGACUGGAAAUUGUUACAGAGAUUUAUCCUUUGCAAAAGCUCAACAACGAUGAGUGUGAGAGCGCGGGCUUUAGCAAAAUCACGUUUUACCAGGUCUGGAAUAUAAUUUGUAAAGUUGCCAGGACGAUAUCUAACAAAAUUUCUCAGGAUCGUCCCGAUGUUUUGGCCAAGUUCACUAAUAAUGACAAGCAUUACAGCGUUUGGUCAGAUCCGUUUCCAAAACCGUGCUAUCUUUUCGCGCUGGUGGCCGGCAAGUUUGAGGCUCGACAGGACAAAUUCACGACUCGCUCCGGACAACUUGUCAAGCUAAACAUUUGGUCACCCUCCGAGGACGUUGCAAAGACUGAAUUUGCAAUGGCGGUGCUAAAAUCCGCAAUGAAAUGGGACGAGGAUGGGUGCCAUGGAAAACAAAAGCUUAAAUGUACUUCACACUUUUGGUCAAUUCCUUUCUCCUCCUUACAAAGCCAUGCCUCCAGAGUGACUUGCAGGGACUGGUUCCAGAUAUCUCUCAAGGAAGGCCUUACAGACUUUAGAGAGCUCGAGUUUCUCUCCGACAUGGGAUGCCGAUCCGUGCGAACUAUUGCAGCGGCGAGUUCGUUGCGAAAGCGUCAAUUCCAAGAGGUUGACAACUUAUACACAGCAACAUGCGAAGAUUUUUACCAGGCUAUGUGUGAUGCCAACUUGGACGACCUCUCAUCCUUUAUGCUAUGGCAGGAAACAGCUCCAACACCAGGACAAGCUGAUAAAAGUCCUCUACUGAUUCCUCUAGCCGUGGGUCUACUAAACAGCCAAGGACGAGAUAUUCCUUUGUCAAGGGUUCUAGUCGAUGGUAUUGAAUCGUCUCCAACAGUUGAGCAUAACGAGAGUACUGGCGCAAUAACAGCUCUUCUUCGGGUAGAACAGGUAAUCUUCGUGGAAAAAACCUAUUAUCAGCAUGCAAGAUUGUUUUCGUUUCAAGGUGGGAUGCUGGCCAAAGGAUUGCCAAAAGAGUUUGUCGCUCUUGUGAUCACUCUACCAGAUGAUAAGGAGCUUCUGGAGAUGACCGAAGUUGCAGAUCCGGACGCUUGCCACUUUGUCCGACGUUUUUUGAUAAAAUGUUUGGCUACAGAGCUCAAACAAGACUUCAUGCGAGUGAGUUUUGCAGAUUAUCUUGCAUCUCUAAAUGAUCAAGAAACACUAGAACUGGCAUGCGAAGAGCUUGACAACGCCACAAACUUGACUGAUCUUUUGGGAGCUUUGUCGGCAAUCUCUCAAAAUCCUGGACAGGAGCGAGAGAAAAUCCUGGCAUCUUUUUACGAGAAAUGGAAACACGAGCGCCUGGUUUCUGCUCUUUUGGGAGGCUUCUUUAGCUGCAUUGUCAACUUCCAUGCCAAGGAUGGAUCUGGUUAUGAGUUCAUGGCCGACUUUGUGAUCGAAGUUGGAAAGUUCCAUCCCAAGCAAAUUUGUGGAGGUUUGAUGCCAAGCGACAAACGCUGGCCAAGGUAA